CCGGUGCAGUGGUGUCGCGAGGAACCGGCGCAGGGACGAGAGGCUACAACGGAAGAACAUACCUGUGAGCCAGUUGCAGACCUGAGAUACUUAUGCAGAAGAAAAGCACCGCUAACAGAUGAGUAAAGAGUGAUGCAUUAGGCUGGACUUCUGGGUGCUAAUUUUGUCAUUGCAUUUUCGCUCACAUCCACCUGGUUUGCUCAGCCACCCCCAUCGGAUAAGCAGCUUUUUUGGACCCUCGGCAUCUAGAAGACCAGAACCAAUGACAGGAUGGGAAACAUGGACCCUUCUCCUGGCCCUUCUCCUAAGGAGGGGUUGGGGACAGAACAACGAGGAGAGGGGAGCCUGGAGAGAAAACUCAGUCGUCAACUUCUCCAGCAUUUUGGCCUCAGGAAAUAAUCUCUCCAGUUGGACCUGUCAUCCCCACCCACAAGAGGGGGUUCCUCAGCUCCAGAUUGUGCCUGUAGAUGAGGAUGUCAAUCUCACCCUGACUUCUGAACCAGUUAGGAACACGCUGCUUCUAAUAGUGGAUCUUGAAGAUCAUGAGGAAAUGGGGUGUGUAGAGCUUACAGACCCUUGGAACCAAACGGGUCUCUGGAUUAAGCGGCCCUUUCUCUGCACAGGGCAAGGAAAACCCUGUUGCCCCUGCCAGACAGAUGCCUGCCUUAUCGAUGCGGGAAGCUCACUGUCUAUUUAUCCAAUGUCAUUUUCCACGUUAAGCUCCUCCUGCACCCCUAACCAGACUCACUGGUGUGUGGACUCAUCUCUGCUCUCCCCAGGCACCCAGCCCAACACAUCUUGUACGCACUGGAAAGGAACAGCAGCCCCGGCCUGGAGGCUCGCCUAUCAGACCCCUUCUGCUUUCAGCGAUGAGGAGGAAAUAGAGGAAAACUCAGAACUAGAUGGGGGACCGCUAGACGGAGGGCCUUUGUCCCCUAGGUGCAGUAAUGCCCCUCGCUGGGGUGCCCUUUUACGUCGAUGGUUUAAUUCUACUUCACCCCGCCAAGCUUGUACCCCUGCCGGAUAUCUAUUCCUCUGUGGUCCACCGCAGAAUAAACUACCCUUUGAAGGGAGCCCAAAUUCCUCCUUCUCCUGGCCUCUCCGAGCAGUGGCCUACCCAUGCCUAGACAAUGUUCACUUCCGAGGAGAAUGCACUUUGGGCCGAUUGGGCGCUAAAGGGCUAAGCACCACUGCAUAUAAUAGUGCCACCUCUCAAAACAGACAUAACUGGGCACUCAGAUUAGUCUUGGCAGGGAUUGGGGCGGCCAUAGGUCUGGCUGCCCCUUGGGGAGUUUUGCCUAUCAUGAAACAAUCUUAAGAAUCCUCACACAGGCCAUAGAAAACCUGGUCUCAGAAAACAGUGAUGAGAAUUCCCCAGUGGUCCAGUGGUCAGGACUCCAUGCUUUCACUGCCAAGGGUGCAGGUUCAAUCCCUGGUCAGGGAACUAAGAUCCUGCAAGAUAUGCCUGGUGCAGCCAAAAAAACAACUGGUGAUGCCUUUAAGAGGUCUCCAAGAGUCCCCAGAUCCUUAGCCAAUGUUGUGUUUGACAAUAACCCUGGAUCAUCUGGAUGAACAAGGGGGUAUCUAUGCCGUGAUCAACAACACUUGUAGAACAUGCAUCAACAACUCAGAGGAAGUUGAAGUAGAUACUCAGGAAAUUUAUGAACAAGUUAAAUGGCUACAUGGGUUCAGCUACCCCACUGCCCAAACUAUAUGGGACUUAAAGGUUUCAUCCUGUUACAUUCCUUGGUUCCUGCCUCUCCUGGGCCCUCUAGUGGCCGUAGUUCUUCUGUCAUUAUUCAGAGCCUGCCUGUUUAAUAUUUAGUUAGAUUUGUGUCUUCCAUGCUUCAGCAGUUCCAAGUGAGGCUCCUGAUGGCCUAAGGAUUUAAACCCUGGAAGGUUUAAACCCAAGGAUUUAAGUCCUAGAAGGUUUAAACCCAAAGAUUUAAGUCCUAGAAGGUGACCCUGGUCCCUAUAGGUCUUUGGAACAGUCAGCAAAGGACUUCUGCACCUCUCGGCUAGGCUAGGGUCUCAGCAGGAAGAAGCUCCAGAAGAAGAGACAUUUGGCUCCUUGACCCUUCAGAACAAAGGGUGUAGAACCCCUCAAAGGAAAAUGAGGUCAUCUGGGAGCUUGAGUCAUCUGCUAGGACACUUGCCCCUGGACAGCACCUCCUUGAACAGGAAGCUGGCAUCCGUAGACUGACCAAGGGGUGAAGCUUCCUUAAACAACAUGGUGCUGAAGGCCAUAAGUUAACCACAAGUGGUUGAAAGCAACCUCACGCCUGUGCAGCAGGGCGAUGUUGACCACUACACACCCUUCCUGGUGGCGGUAGUUGGCAAGUCUGCCAUUUUGAAGUGCUAAUGCAGAAAGCAAAAAACUGCACAAUUCAUGCGUAUGGCACCGCCAAGGAGGAUGGACAGACCACCUGAGCCAUGCCCCCUGCCUGGACUGCAGAUCUAUUCCCACCAUCACCCCAUCUAAGGACCCAGGGAGCUUUUUGUGAAGGAGCAGGUGGGCAAGGCCACCUGAUUCUUGCCUUUGUUCCCUUGUGCUGCAGUGUGAGCCCCCAUAAAACCUUGUUGGAAAUUCUCAUCUGGCCUCUUGUCAAUGUCUAAUGAUUAAAGAGUCCAAGGCCCCAGGUCUGUAGCACUGGGAAAAUGAAUGACAGCAAAGUGCUAACGCCAAGAUGAGGAGGGAAAGUUCUAAAGAACUGCAGUCGCAUAGAGGUGCGGAGGUAGCGACAGGAUGAAAUGACUUCUCUUUAUUAAGGCAGUUCCGACCUUUUGCUUCCCAGGCAAGUUUGGCUGGAAUGUAACUGCAAGUCAGUGAAUAUCCAGAUUUUCUGGGCUACGGUGCACGGUUACUAUGUGAUCUGCUCCAGCUGCUGGUUUGUGGUGUGGGUGCUGUGCAAAAGGAAGCGUGCAGUCAUUCAACCCUGUGUGUGCGGCAUGUCUGUGCAGACGCAUGGACUUUUUAUUUAAUCGUAACAGUUAACAUAUUUAUAUUAACGAUGUGGGCUGAAGGGCUUACAAGGAGACACAAUGGCACAUAGGAGACAGCAUGACUUCUGCAAGCUUUCCAUGCUGAAGGGUCAUUGGCAGAAGAGAAUGGCAGUGUCAACUGAGAAUACCAUCUGGGGGAGCACUCAGACAUGACCAGGGGACAAGGUGUCCACAGGCUAUUGCCCAGUGAUGGACAGCUGCUGGUCUACAGCGACUUUUCUGCACUACCCGCCCCCAUCCCACCUCCUCCUCUAAUGUUCCUGCCAUAUUCCCCUUAACAAUGCAUCUGCGGGGCUUAUUCAGGAUAUGACUGGGUCCACAGGCCUGGAAAGGAAAGAUAAGUACGAAGGCCUCAUCAGUAAUUUUCCAGAGUGCCAAACCCCACCCACCAAAACAUCACAGGCACAUGAAAAUCCUCAAGACAGAAAUGACUCCGGCUUGACACGUGGUGAGGGUUCCAGGAAAGGCCACAGAAGCAGUGUGAUGCCAAGAUGAUGAAAGGCAUCUCUUAUUGAACGCCUGAUGCAUACUAAGUUGGUUGUUUGCUGCUGCUGGUGCUAAGUCGCUUCAGUCGUGUCCGACUCUGUGUGACCCCAUAGACGGCAGCCCACCAGGCUCCACCAUCCCUGGGAUUCUCCAGGCAAGAACACUGGAGUGGGUUGCCAUUGCCUUCUCUGAAAUUGGUUGUUUAUAUAUAUAUGAAACCAAGCCUGUGCUUUUAUCCUCCAUUUUACAAAUAAAAACACUAAUUCUG